CAACUGUGUGGAAGGGAAAUGCCAUCAAUGCUGUAUGUGUGAUAGUGAGGAUGUCAAAGGGAGGGAAAGUCUGUCCAUCCGUGGGCCAGAUAGUCUCACCAUCUCUACUACACCAUCAUCGAUCCACACGCAAUGUGGGCAGCGAAAGAAGGAAAAAAUAGGCAGCUCACGGCCAGCACACUGAUGACGCCCAGAGGAGAGAGAGAUAGGGCAAUUGAUACACACACUAAUACUCCCACUGCAACAGAGAUAGCUAGAGAGCAACACGCCAUUCACCCAUACAUACAGCGGACUGCUGCACUACACAGACUGCGCUGCACAUACGUUCCGCCACCACUGUCACCAACCAAAAAGACUUGCACACGAAUAUGUAUAGCAGUGAACGAUAGCCCCAUUGCAUCCUCCCUCCCCUCCCCCCGCCUCACAAAGUCCGUCCAAGAAGCUAGCUAGCUCGCUUCCUCCCCUCACCCUCCCACGUCAUCCUUCCCUUCCACCAGCCACUCGAAUGGACAUGCCGAUCUCAGCGAGCAGCCGAUGAGAUCUCGAAUCGAAGCUCGUGAAGGAAUCAUGCCAAUCUCCUCACGUCCAGCAUAGAGUGGCUCGUCCAUCCGCUCCGCCUGCACGUCCUGCUGCCCAGCAUCACCACGCAGCCAAAUAGUCCGCACAGUGACCGACUCUCCUACCCACUCCGAAGACGUCGCCCUCACUGCAGUGAGCGCUGUAGACACAUUCUUGCUCAGCCUUGUGAGAGCCUCUCGUCGCGGGCCAGUCGGUCCUUCCUUUGCUUGAUAGCCAUAGAUCACGGUCAGACGCCCUUUUUCUUUAUGAAGACGAAGAAACCGUGGUCGCGAUACGUUGAAUGUGUCGAUCUGACGACCCACGAGUAGACAUUGUUGGCCAGAUACGAGUGCUCUCCGUCGGCAAAUAGCGAGUUCAUCUUUCUCAGAAAACAUCUGAUAAGUCCCUCCGCGGCCGUCACCAGGUGGUCCUGGAUGAAACCGCCAAACUUGCAUCCUUCGGCAACUUCCACAGGGACCAGAUUGGCUGCUGCGGGGCUAACAGGGGAGCUCUCCGUAGGGACGCCGCUGACUGACAAAUGGCUGUACAGCAGUCGCAGUGUCAGCCCUGCAGCAGCAACGCCCUCCCAUCCCUUCCCAGACCCCUCCGCGUCCUUGAGCUGAUCAAGAAACACCUUGACCGCCCUCAAUCCCUCGCCAAAUCCAUCGCGUAAUUCGGGGGCUGCUGCGAUGUUUUUGGAGCUGCCGAUCUCGUGAGAAGCAAAUGGCAGGUAGCAGGGAGGCCAGACACAUGCUGAAGAUCCACCAUAGACGUCCAGCAGACAUGAAAACGACCCGAGAUCAUCGACCUUGCCUCCAUCACCCUCAAUGGCCGUGAGAACGAUGGCUUCUGCACGCACUGUGUCGAAACGAUCGGUCGGCUGGCGCUUGACGAUGUUUUCUACCCUCUCGGGCGAUGGCGGCUCUCGUGGGUAGGCCAGCGUCAAUAAUGCGGGGCAUCGUCCCGCCCAGCAGACGAGGCCGGAGUGGAUGGCUGGGCAGAGGCCCGUUUCUACGACGUCAGACAGCUUGGUCACCUGCGGAAUCCGUGGCCUAUACACUUCGCGGGCGCUGGCAUUGUUGUAGUAGUCCUUCAGAUGAGACCCCAGCGCGGCGACGUGGCUUGAAAAAGCAAAAUACCGCUGCUUGCGAGCGAGGAAGUGGACCUUCAGGAAAUCAGCCACCUCCUCGUCCGCCGAGUCGGGCAAAAAAGUGCUGUCUGGGGCGAUACGCUGGUUGAGCUCAUCAAUGAAGAUGACGAGAGGGUGAUUGCCCAGCCAAUCGGCGAGUGUCCUCUUGGAGAUAGAAACACUCUUAACCCAGUCGUGAAACAUGAGACAGUCCACAGACUUGUUGGCCGCCUCGGCAACCUCCUGCAGCGUGUCAUCCGUUGAGGUUGCCCAAGCUAUCCGCACACCAAUCGACUCAAGCGGGGUCAUGGUCCUCUUCUCAUAGGCGUUGACGUUGGUCCCGUCGUUGAAAGUGAUGAAUAGCGUGGGGGUCCCCUCCUUCUGCAGCGAGGCGGCAAGCUCCUUCAUCAUCCGCGUCUUCCCCCCUCGGGCGAAACGGGUGAUGACCAUGGGCGGCACGCGAGCAGGGCGGGACGUAUCUGACGCGUCAUAGUGUCCUCGAAGCGUUGUUAAGAUCUCCUUCAGGUCAUCUUUGCCGAUAUAGGCCUAUUGCUGGCCGGCUCUGAGAGUGACGCUCGGCACAUUCUCUGGGUCACGGUCAGUUGGGUCGAUGAGUCUAUCGACUGACAUGAGAUGGCUGGGUGUCAAGGUGACCUUUUCAGACACCUGAACCUCGAAUAGACACACACACACUCAUAUGUAUGCCUGUGUGUGUGCUUGCUUCGCUCUCUCUCUCUCUCUCUCUCUGUGUGUGUGUGUGUUUUCUUUCUUCCUCCCCGAUUACAUCAUCAUCCGCCACAGCGGCUGCUGCACACACACACACACACACACACACAAGGUGCACAUAUCAGCAUUCGCGUGCAUCGCGUACCAGCAGCAGCAGCGCCAGCAGGAGGGUCUCUUCGUCUGCCUCUGCAUCGGCAGGGAGGGAGAGCCACAAUAGAACGGUUAUCAGCGGGAAGGGACAGUCACUUUAGAUGCAUUUGAGGUCGGUGCAGCCGCGGUGCGUUUGAG